AAAUUUGACUCCCUUUAUAGGGAUUGCUUCAAUCAGUGUAAUGAGAAAUUCUUGAAUUUUUCAGAAUGGAUUUUAAGAGAAUGCCAUCAGCCAAAAAGCAAGAAUACAUGAAAGUGCAUGUAAUUUUGAGGUGUUGUUCAUAUUUUAAAGUCUUUGGAAACAUUGUCAACCAUUAUGUUUGAAACUCCAGGCUCCCAUUCAAUCCCAGGCUCUGUAGCUGACGAAGUUCUUGAGGAGAUCCAUUUUAAAUGGUGUGCUCUGCUGAGCAGAAUUCACACAAUAGUAAGUCCAGCCCAACAGCUUGCUUUGUACAGAAAUCAGACUUUCAGUCAAGAGAGCAAAAUGCCUUAAUCAUGAGGCAUUUAUAAAAAGGAUUAUAACUACUUGCAGGGGUCCAAGAAUUUAGAACUAUUCUCUAUUCUCUCCCACGUGUGUUUGACUAAUAGAAUAUGCCAGUUCCUAGCAGGGCCAUGUAUUUUCUCGUUGCUGCUUUUAUCAUCAAGGUCCAAGUUUCCCACCAAAGUCAUCGUGAGCUCCUGACAGGCCCCUGUGGCCGCCUCCGCCUCCAGCUCACAGACGCAUGGCAGGCUCCCUUUGCGUCUCAUUCCCCUUUCCCUUGAAACCACUGCCUUUGUGAGCCGCCCAGGAUUCUCUCCACAGUUUAAGGUCUCUCCUCAGUGAUGCUGGUGAUAACUUUUAAAACCACUCUCUCCUUUGUUUCAAAUUUUAGGGACACAGCAGGUCAGGAAAGAUUUCGAACCAUCACAACGGCAUACUACAGAGGAGCCAUGGGAAUUAUGCUGGUCUAUGACAUCACAAAUGAAAAGUCCUUCGACAAUAUUAAAAAUUGGAUAAGAAACAUUGAAGAGCAUGCCUCUUCAGAUGUUGAAAGAAUGAUCCUGGGUAACAAAUGUGAUAUGAAUGACAAAAGACAAGUGUCAAAAGAAAGAGGAGAGAAGUUAGCAAUUGACUAUGGGAUUAAAUUCUUGGAGACAAGUGCAAAAUCCAGUACAAACGUAGAAGAGGCAUUUUUUACACUUGCACGAGAUAUAAUGACAAAACUCAACAGAAAAAUGAAUGACAGCAAUUCAUCAGGGUCGGGGGGACCAGUGAAAAUAACAGAGAACCGAUCAAAGAAGACCAGUUUCUUCCGUUGUUCGCUACUUUGAUGAACUCUUUCUGAGAGACUGCAGCACACCUAAAGGACCCUUUCCUGCUUCUCUGAAAGCACAGGUCAGCCAGCCUCAGAGUCACACCGCCCGGCUGCCGCUGAGAGCACCACUGAACCUCGACUUCUCCACACAGAAGGCCACGUGCAUUCCAGCCUCAUGGCCUAUCAAGAUAACAGGCUCUUUUUUUCAAACAUGGAAGCAAUGAAGUGGAGACAUACGGAGGACUUAACUUGUUUUUCCUUGGUUUGUCCCAGAAGCUGCUACCUUUUCUUUUUCACUUUGCACAUCAGUGUUAGCCUGUCCCUGCUACACCACAGUUUCAGACUCAUAUUUGCACACUUAUGCCUCAUGAAUUCGAGACAAAUUUGUGCGCUUGGGAUGUUUGAAAAAAGUAAAACAUUUAAAGCAGAGGUUAACAUACUAAAAAGAUAUGGUCUGGGUCAUGUGGCCAGAUGUUAUUGCAUUGAUAGAAUUUUUUAAGGGCUCUAAUUUGUGAUUUCCUUAAAUAAGAAUUGCUAAAUUCUGAUAAAAGUGAUCUUAAAAAUUCAUUAAAAAAUGUCCAUCUUUUCGUCA